AUGCACAUCAGACAUCCCGGACCCGAGCCGUCACAGGCUGUCAUGUGGUCUGCCGCGACGACGCGCGGCUUGUCACUGAGAAUGGAGAAGAUAUAUCACGACGUGCUGAAGACUGGGGUCUGCGCACUCCACUCGCCGACGGAGAAAGAACCCAAAGCCAUGCCUGGCGCAAUCAAGCUGCUCGAUGCUCCCACGCCUCCUCAGAGGAAGGCGGAACCCGUCCAACGCGCCGACGCUCCCCUUGUUCUGAACGGUGCCAUCCGAGCCACUGUCAACCUGCACGGCCAUCGGCACGCGACACUGGACGCGACCACCGUCAAUGGCUCGGUCCGUCUCCACGUGAAGAGACAAGCGUCCGUUGGGAUCAGUGUUUCGAGCGCAAAUGGCGCCGUGCAUUUGUGGUUGCCCCAGGGUUUUGAUGGGAUCCUGUCCUGUGGAAGUGGGAAUGGGACUGUGGAGCUCAGCGAGACGCUGCAGCGGUACGCUGUCAUUGUUCCGGGCGAGAAGGGGCUCGUGUGGCAUGUACGUCUGCCUGACGACUUGGACAUGGGGCACCACGAUCACAACCCGAACCUCGACUUGGGCGGGGGCCCUGCCGCCCUCGCUAUGGAAGGUGACAACAAGUUGACCGAUGCUGUCCCCAAGAACCCGGAGAGCCCAGAGAGCGAGAAGUCCGACGCCGACAGUAGGAUCGUUGCGAGGCGGGAGUCGGACUCUAGCGACGGGGAGAGGAAGCCCGGCCCCGAUCGCGCCAAGGCGGAGACGGCUAAUGGCAAAGUGAGGGUGUAUGCCGAGGGGGAGAAGGAGGAGGCGGGGUGUUGGUGGGAAAGCCGCUGUGAGGUCAUGUAG